UCACAGGGAAACAAAACGGUGCCACCUACCCCAAUAAACAGCACACAGUCCGAGCACAUAGCAAGACUGUCACCUGAAUGAGUAAAGAGCACUACUGUACUAUAAAUCCCCCUUUAAAACUUCAAUAGGGAUUGUAUUUGUGGAAAGCAGGCUGUUGAUUAGCUCUGGAAAACUUGAGCUUGAGAUUGCACCACAGAAUAUCUUGACUACAAGACUCUCCCCUGCAGGGUACCAAAGCCUUCCUUUGAAGCAGCUGUCCCAUUCAAUCUCCCUUUCCGCGGCCAAGGAGCUUCAUUAGACACCAGAUACCAGGAAUAGAGGGACCCUGUCAAACUGAAAUAUGGCUGAAAAUAAUAAUACAACUAUGACCCCUGGUGUCGGAGAGAAUGAAGAUGGAAUAGAUGCAGCAGUCAUUGGAGGUGUUGUUGGUGCUGUUGUGUUGUUCCUGAUUUGUCUGCUGGUGGUGAUUAUGCGAUACCUGUACCAACACAGGGGCACCUACCACACCAAUGAGGCCAAAGGCACCGAAUUCGCAGAGAACGCAGACUCAGCCCUGAAGUGUGACCCCUCCCUUCAAGAGGCUGUGGACGAGAGCAAGAAGGAAUACUUCAUUUGAGAAGAAUUGCAAGCUCUCUCUUCCCGUUCUGUGUUUCUGGAACUGUAUAACAAAACACGUGGAUAAAAACACCGCUUUCCUAUCGCCUCCCCUUCAAGGGGGUUAGAGAAGCUGUUAUUUAGAAUGAAUGAGCUGGUAUUAAAGAUACCCCAGGGGUAUUCAGCAUUCUACUUUUCUCAAAGAUUAUAUCUCUCUUGUCAGAAUCCUUGUUGAGAAUUCCAGUAAUUGCCACCAGACAGUAGCUGUGCUAGCUCACUUAAUAUCAAUUUUUAACUGCAUUGGUUUUUUUUGUGUGUUUUUUUUUUUUUUUUUUUUUUUUUACUUAACAAGGUCUAACCUGAUUUGACCCUCAUUUGGUUAACCAUUACCACUGCUCUUGGUAUAUGGCAUCUUCCAACCAUGUUCAAGCCAAUUUCAGUUUUAGAGCAUGAUCGUAUGUCAGUACCAGUGGUUUACAAUUGAUUAUUGUCUACACUCUUAAAUAAGCUAAAUGCUGAAAACCUGUGCUAUGGUUUUAUAUACCACUUGUUUGAUUAUGCUAAAUCACCAGCUCUUAGUGGUCACUCAGGCUCACAAACAUUUGCUGAAAUUUUCAGCGUGGACACACAGCCAUCAUUGGGUUCAACAUGCAAGUGUUUUAUGACCAAAAAAUAAUUAAUGCCUGUUAUAAGUUUAAGGGUUUAAAAGAAGGAAAUAAUCCAAAUGCACCCAAAUCUAUUGUUUAAACAGUUUUUAUAGAAGUGUCAAAUAUAUAGGGGUUUUCCAAAUGCUUGUAGCUGAGAAAAGUCUAGGUUCUUGUUUACAGUGGCUCCCAAAAGUAUUCACCCCCCUUGGACUUUUCCACAUUUUAUUAUGUUACAACAUGGAAUCAAAAUGGAUUUAAUUAGG